AUGUCGAGGGUCAAAGAUCUUCCUUGGCCGUCACUGAUGCCAGAUGAUGAAUGGGCGGAAGUCCUGGAAGGGAUUCCUGCCAAGGAUGAGCCUUUCAUCAACAAGUAUCUUGAUGGCCGCGAGGCGCUGAUCGCUCAGGAAAAGAAGCAGAGGAGCGACCAUACAUUCCGCCAAUCUCUCUCGCCUCUUGCUAAGGAAGCUUGCUCGAUCGUCGACCGUAUUCGAGAUGAGGAACGUCGUACAGUAUGGACCUCCGAGUUCGAAGAUAUCCUGGCUCAGAAGACAGGAGCGAAUGUUUAUCCCGGCAUGAUGUUUAGUCUGGCAAAGAAACGCAUGGAAGCGACAAAACUAUGGCAAAUUGUGAGGAAGAUGCCCAAAGGGGCUUUACUACACGCCCAUAUGGAUGCUAUGGUAGAUUUCGAUUACUUGUUUGCUGUGCUGCUUGAGACGGAGGGAAUGCAUAUUCAUUGCAUGUACCCUCUCCACACCCCGGCUGCUCUUGACGGAGCUCCAAUAAAAUUCAAGUUUCUGACUGCAGAAAGGGGAAGUGGAAGGUCCAUCUGGAGUCCAGAGUAUGUUCCAGACACACCAGUCCUUCUCACCAAAGCCGCAGAUUCGUUUCCAGAUGGCGGUAGAGCAGGCUUCCUAUCCUGGCUCAAGGGUCGUUGUACUAUCACCAGCAUCGAAUCUAUUGAACACCAUCACGGAGUAGAUGCUGUCUGGAGAAAGUUCUCCUCUGUUUUCACGAUCCUCAACACAAUCAUCUUCUAUGAGCCAAUUUUCAGACGCUUCAUGAGGCGGAUGAUGCAGCAGUUGCAUGCUGAUGGGGUCAAGUGGGUUGACUUACGAUUAGCCUUUACCUUCUUCUAUUACGCUGAGGGCAAGGAACAGCCCGAGGCUAGUUAUGAGAGAAUGUUCAAGGUCUUUGGAGAAGAGAUCGAGAAGUUCAAGGCUCACGAGGAAGGCAAGGAUUUCUGGGGUGCCAGAAUGAUUUGGACAGGAAUCCGAGCACUUGAUACCAGAAAAAUUGUCGAGGACAUGGAUGCAUGCAUCUCAAUCAAGCUGGCUUUCCCCGACCUCAUCUCGGGCUACGACCUUGUGGGCCAAGAAGACGGCGGUCGACCCCUCAAGGACCUCCUACCCGAACUAUUCUGGUUCAAAAAACAGUGCGCCGAGGAAGGGAUAGACAUCCCCUUUUUCUUCCACGCCGGCGAGUGCCUCGGUGAUGGCAAUGCUACAGAUCAAAACCUGUUCGACGCCGUCCUGCUGGGAACUCGAAGAAUCGGCCACGGGUUCUCUCUCUACAAACACCCGCUCCUGAUCGACAUGGUUAAAGAUAAGAAAAUCCUCGUUGAGAGCUGCCCGAUCUCCAACGAGGUUCUCCGUCUCUGCGCCUCUGUUAUGUCGCACCCGUUGCCAGCACUCCUCGCCCGCGGCGUCUCUUGUUCUCUAUGCAACGAUGAUCCAGCGAUUCUUGGCCAAGACACUGCUGGCAUGACGCAUGAUUUCUGGCAGGCAUUGCAAGGAUGGGAUAGCCUAGGCCUCGCUGGCCUUGGAUCUCUUGCUGAGAACAGCGUCCGCUGGGCUGCAUUUGAGGAUCAAAGCUCUUCAGUGUGGGUCCACGACAUCAAAGAAGCAACUCUGGGGAGUGGCGUGAGAGCCAAGAGGAUGAAGGAGUGGAGUGUGGGGUGGGAGCAGUUUUGCCUCUGGAUUGUCACUGAAUUUGGGGAUGAUGGUGAAAGCAUCAAGAAACUUAGAAGGGAGACGAGCCUGGACGCCCAGGAUUAG